GUCGGAUUGGCGUGCCGGCGCCGUGCUCCCCGAGUGUGCCCACCUCGCCGUAUCUCCGCCUGCCGGCUCUAUGACCGCACGCAAAGACGAGCGAGUCGAGUGGCGUGUGGCGGUCACAGCUGGCUCCCUACCGGAGGGUAUGGGGCUCCUGGAUACCGGCACCCGCCCGCUGUUUCGGCUGGGGGAGCUGCGAUGCCCGGCGCUGCUGCCUGAACCGAUUAAAGUGGAUGCGAGGGAGUGGACGUGCCAAGAUAAGGAGCUGGUGGAACGCUCCACGCGCACCGGAGCGCCGGUGUGUUUCGAGAUGACGGUGUCGUUCUCCGCGGACGUGUACGGCUCCUACCGCCAGCGACUGGCCUUGGUGUUCCCGCACCACGCGCCCCUGCUCUGCUGGCUGCAGGCCAAUGUGGCUCCCCUGCCGGUGGAUACACUGGUGGAGGAACUGCGGGGGAAACUGACCAUCUCCGAGCACGGCUGGACUGAGGAGGACGCCGAGGUGAUCCCGUUCUCUCCGGACCCCAGUCCGCCGGAUGAGCAGGACAAGAACGCGCAGGAGGCCUACCCUGCGCCCUCCGCCGACCUGGCUCCGCCGGCGGACCGGAGUCCGCUCAGUGCGGAAAACUACGCGGAAUGGAGCGGAAUACUGCUGAAACUGGAGGAGGCAGCGCGGACUCAGCUGCUGCAUACGUUCAAUGUGACCGGACAGCUACGGCUGAUGGGACAUUUUGUGGUGCCGCCAGAGACCACCAUCCACCACGUCCGCACUGGUGAGCUGUUCGCCCGUCUGCACACGGAGCAGGAGCUGUCAGCAGACACGGCCGCCGGACGACUGAUUCUGGACAACUGCGAGCGAGCGCUGCUGGCGCCGGUGACCAAGAACCCGAUUGAGCCCACAAAGCGGAAGGUGUACGAAGUUCUGAUCGCUGCCAAAGCUAAGAAUGACAUCUACUUUCGGCUGCCGAGCCAGAUGGUCUCAGACCUUUCCCUGAAUGACGAUGACGACGCCAUGCUGCGGGCCGCCGUGCGGUUCCUGCCCAGUCGCCAGUGGUCGUGUGACAUGCAAGAGGGGUGUCGAAUGGCGGCCGAGAAGGCGCCCCACCUGCUGUUCCCUGAUACCGCUCAGAGGCCGACCAUACCGUGGAACCCGGCCAGUCACUGGCGCCCCGAAGACGAGAAACUGAACCCGCGUCAGAAGGAGGCCAUCAACGCCAUGACGGUCACAGUGCCGCAGCCGCUGCCGCCCGUGCUCGUACUCGGUCCGUACGGCACGGGUAAGACCUACACCAUGGCGCACGGCGUCAAACACAUUCUGAACGGGAGCGAGGACUCGAGGAUCCUCAUCUGCACCCACAGCAACAGCGCUGCCGAUCUCUACAUCCGAGAGUAUCUGGCCGGGUACGUGAAGGGCGGCAUGGAGUCGGCCCGUCCGCUGCGGGUCUACUACCGACGCAGGAGGCUGGGAACAGUGCACUACACCGUCCGACCGUUCACGCUGCGGGAGGACUCUGACGCUGACGACGACGUGGUGUUCCGUCAUCCCACCACUGAGGACAUACUGCGACACCGGGUCAUCGUCUGCACGCUGGCCGUCUCAAAGUACCUAACGUGGCUGGACCUGCCUGAGGACACCUUCAGCCACAUUCUGGUGGACGAGGCUGCUCAGGCUCUGGAGUGGGAGGCGGCCCGGGUCCUCUCCCUGGCUGGACCACAGACCAGGCUGGUCCUGGCUGGGGACCACCUGCAGCUGUCACCGGACGUCUACUCUGAAGUGUGUCGGGAGCGGCGGUUUGAGCGGUCCCUUCUGGAGCGUCUUCAGGAACGUUACGGCUCCGACUUCCCCUGUGCCAUCACACUGCAUGAGAACUACCGUUCGCACUCCGACAUCGUGAAGAUGACCUCGGAGCUGUUCUACGGCCGUCGUCUGAAGAGCCGCGCCCAUCCGGGCCGCCACCCCGAAUGGCCGCCCGUGUCGGUGUUCAGCGCACGAGGCACCGCCCGCCAGACCAGCGGAGACACCGGCUAUUGUAACGACGAGGAGGUGUACGAGGUAGCGGACCGGGUGGCGGCGCUUUGCCAUGACUGGCCCCCCGACUGGGGACCCCGAGACGAGGGCUCCGUCUGUGUGGUGGCCGCCUACGCCGAACAGGUUCAGAAGAUACGAGGGGAGCUGCGAAACAGAAAACUGCCCGGGGUCACCGUCGAGAGACUACUCAACGUGCAGGGUAAGGAGUUCCGCGCCGUGUUCGUCUCGACUGUACGCACCCGCACCUCGUGCUCCGAGCCGGACGGCGACUACCGCUUCCUCUCGGACUGCAAACUGCUCAACACGGCUGUUACCCGGGCUCGCAGUCUGAUAGCCAUCGUGUGCUGCCCGGAGACGCUGUGCUCUGUGGGCGCCUGCUCCAGGUACUGGGAGGCGGUGAUCGGGUUCGCGGCCAAGAAGGGCGGGCUGUUCGGUACCACAGAGGCGGAGCUACGCUCCCAACUAGGAGCCAUCGAGCUGUUCCGUCUGCACGGCCUGAACCCGCUGGCGCCCUGCUUUCGGCCGCAGCCGCAGCUGCAACCUGUGCAACAUCAGGUCCAGCAAGUACAUCAGUUCCAGCAAGUACAGCAGCAAGUACAGCAGCAAGUGCAUCCAGUGCAGCUACCGCAGCCAACGCUGCCAGUACAGCAAGUGCAGCCUCAGCAGCCACAGUCAGCCCCGCAGCCUCCAAAGCCACAGCCAAAGCAACAGAAGCAACCAAAGCCACAGCCCGCACAGCCACAGACGCCUCCACAGGCUCCAAAGCCACAGCCGCCGGCGGUGCAUCCCGUACAGCCGGUGGUACCCCCACCGGUGGUGCCGCUGCCAGUGGUGGCUCCGGCGCUACAGCUUGCCCAGCAGGGGCCGCUGCUGCCGUGGAUGCCGGCUCUGAACCCGGCCCAGGUGCGCUACGUGCCGCCCAUGGCCUUCAUGAGCCCCGGUCUGAUGCUGGGCCGACCUCUGAUGAUGGGCACUCCUCUACUCCCAUACGCGGCUCCGGUGCCCCACAUGCACCCCUCGUCCAACGGGCACAGGCCGGGCCGGCGGCCGACGCGCCCGCCCCCGCCACUGGCUGUGGCUGAGGAGGACGGGGUGCUGUUUGAGCUGAUGUCGACAACGGAUAUGAUCGCGCUGCUGCCUCCGGAUGUGAACCUGCAGCUGCUGCUGGAGGACACACGCGUCCAGCAGGAGUGGGCCGCCCACCUGGCCAGUCGCCGGGGACCUGUGUUCGCGCAGCUCUUCUCUGUGCUCAUCAACCGACUGAGACCGGCAGCCAGCGGUGUGGUGAUCGAAGAGCGACCCGCUUCUCCGGUCUCAGCGCGCUCCUCGCCCGUCUCAGGGUCCAGUGCCACCUCCCCCUCCUCCUCUGUACACCUGACAUCCGACAGGACCGUCCUACCCGCAGAAACAGCUAACUCAGUCACCGUGGUGGACUCCCCUUCGAGCUCUUCAAGUUCCUUUCCUUCAGCCUCCUCGGUAACUUCAGCUUCCUAUCCUACAACCCCAGUAGCUGCAGCGUCUCUACCAGCUCCUGUGUCUCCUAUAGCGUCUAUCCCUCCGUUUGGAUCCGCCACCAGCCCUAUGUCCCCGUCCUGUCUCCCCGCCGCCCCCGCCCCCGCCCAGACGCCGCCGCCGGUGGCCGCUCAGCUGGAUAGGAUCCUGGAGGAUCCGCCAGAGUCGGAUCCGGAUCCGAUGUGGUCACAGAGGCAUCUGUCGGCAACUUCGAUGAUGACGACUACGUCUCCCCCAAGAAGGGAGGCGUCUCCAGCGGACGUAAGAGCAAGAGGCACGCCUGAGCAGAGCCCCGCGCGACGGGAGGCCCCGGCCGCUCCAGCGCAGGCUGAGCCCCAGCAGCGCGUCUCCCUGCCUCUGUAUCUGCGAGGGGCCGCGUCUCCCCCGUCCCCUCCUCGACCGGCCGAUACUCGCAGCUAUGCGGCGGCGGUACGACGCAGUCUGGAGCCGCCCCCGCCGGGCCUGGCCGGUCUGCCCAGCCGCGAGCAACAUGCACAUGGAUACAGCCAUUUCUAGUGACGUGGAGAUUUUGGUUUGGCUGGGAGGGGGUCGUUGUGGUCUGGAAGAGUGAGAGAGGGGCUGUUGGAAUGGAGGAGAGCUUAGAGUGUAUAGGGUUGAGUUGGAAGGUGGAGAAUUGAACUUGAGGUUGUGUUGGAGGUUGGAGAUUAAGGUUGAUUUGGAGGGUGGGGAAUGAUGUGGAGUUGGCUGUUGAGUUGGAGCUGUUGAAGUUGGACCUUCGAUCUUGAGGUUAAGUUGGGUCCAGAGGUGGAGGACGGUGCUUUUCUCGCUACCCAAACCACCCGGAGUUGAAGUCGCUCAGGCGAUGGACGUUGAACUGCUAAUGAGCCAAUCGUACACUCAUGGUGAGCGGACUAAGAGUUUGCCCGUGCUCAAACGUUCUAUGUGUACCGUGGUACCCUGUGUUCCGUUGUGUUCUGGGUGUUCUAGACGGUGUUCUCGGUGUAACAUAGUGUAUCAUAGUGUGCUGUGUUUGUGUGUUGUGUUUGUGUUGUCUGGCGGUAUACUGUGCUGUGCUGUGUGCUGUAAUUGUGCUGUGUUUGAAAUCUGCACGUGUUUGCUACACUUUUGCACGAGGUGUUCCAUUUACACGUGAGGAAUUUCAAUCAGGGGCGUGUUAUACAGUUUUAGCUUUGGUGACUGUCGCAUGAACGCAUUUGUAUCGGUUUUGUAUUCUUAGCUUAGUUUUUCUUCUUCUUGACUCUUCUCCGACAGUAAUUCAGCGGUUUCACACAAUCGUCUAACCAUUUGGAUGAAUUUUACUUUGUAGAAGUAAGAAGUGUUCGACACAAAAUCACCUCUUUUUGGCACUUUUCUGAACAGUUAGCAGUGAAAAGUCCCAUAUUGCGCAGCAGUUCUGAGAUCGAACCUCGCCAGCUCCCCACCACCUCCAACAUUGCCGGACGGGUAUUUUCUGCGCUGACUAGCCGGAUUCACGAGAAUUCCACUCGCACCCCGACGCGACCGUGCCGCUGAUGUUGUCAUGGCAACCGUUUGAGUCGGUCGGUCAAUAACAUGUAGUGAGCUAGAGUCGGCGCAUGAGACGAUAAACUGCUAGCUAGGUCUGUGCUAACUACAUAUACAGCCAGUGGUGCACAAAAUUUUACCGAGAAAACAGGUUUUCCAAAUCCCUUACACUACUACUCUCUUACACUACCAGUCUUUUCUAUAUGUCGCUUUACUGAUGUCAUGUAGUAGAUAUAAAUGUAGUUUUACAAUUUUUAGUCGCACUUCAACGACGAGAGAAUAUGAUUUUAUCGUUCCUCUAUUAGUUUUGUAGACAUAAUAGCAGGUGCUUUAUUGGUUUUAAACUUUGGAUGCGUUUAACUUGUUCGUGUUGCGCAUAAUAAUGCUUUUUAGUUCGCUUUUGGUGUUGUCUUCGCUGGCAAGAGUAAAAUGACAAAAAAAAAAACAGAGGAAGCUAGUUCCUUUGGGCAUAGUAGGUACGGUCUAGCCGACACGCUUUUCAUAUUAGUGUUAAUGCUCCCCACUAGUUUAGCUUUGUUCAAUGAAGACGACUUGAAACAAAGUUUCAUGCUUUCAGAGGCUUCAUGCAUGCUGCUUUUAGGAUGAAUAUCUCAUGAAUUUCGCUUGGGCCACCAUUGAAUGACUAAUCUGUAUAUUUUAUUAAUAUUUUACAGUGGAACUAUCUUAUUGUAAUGGUGUGCCUUGCACAAGGUAUUUUUCUAUUAUCUACUGAUAUUUCACGCAUGAUAUUAUCAAGCAGAUGAAUGCGUAGAUUGUCUUGCUAGUUUAUUAUAGCAUCAGGCCUCCUGCCAUCUUUUCAGUGCCAUGCUUUGCUGAUUUCGUCUCAUUUUGGUAUAGUCUGGUCUUGUCCCAGUUUGUUUUAGUAGCGUAAGUGCGUUAGACCAUUCACUGUAUUUCUAAUUGCUGUUUAGAGACCCCCCGCAAUAGUUAUAAAGUUUAGCAAUAAGUAAGAGUGUCAUCUAACACUUUCCACCUGUCAAAGGUAGCACAGCGUCUAACAUUAUCACAUAUUUAAUCAGUUGUAGCACUUGUAAUACCAUCUAAGCUAGUUACACAGACGGAACAUUCCAGCGGUCGCUAUAGUUAUACAGAAAGUGUAGCGCUACUGACUCUGACCUAAGUCAGUUAGUUGCUAGCUUAUGGUGAUGGCAACACGGGCUCUAGAUAGACAUUGCGGCAUGCCUUUAGCCAGCAUAAUAAUUUUCCCCAUAAUCACGUGACACCCUCGACCGUUUUGACAUCUCGCCGUAGUAUUGAUGCUACUGUUUCACUAUGACUAAGGCACUACUACUCUUGACAAGUUAAAGUAUUGAAUACAUUAUUUCCUUCAUAAUAAUCUUGUCCCAACGAGGCUAGCUGUAAGACCACCCAUCCUUGGCCGUUUUUUUCCGUUUGCUGGGCCGGUAAUAAAGGGCUAUGUGCCCCCCAAAAAGAUGCACCAUCACAGUUAUCACUUUGACGUUCCUACACAUUCCACUGGCUAUUAGGUGUUUGUAGACGAGGCUCCAAUACGGAGUUCCAGAGAGAGUAGUGCUAAAAAUAGUUCCGGCGUGACUGUUAUAACCGGGAUAGGACGUUUUCUUGGCCCACUGUGCGUUGUUGGAUGGUCUGUGUUGACGUGUCCUGGACCAACGUGCGUUAUUGUGCGAUGUUAAGCAUCCUGGUCCACUGUCCGUUGUUUGUUCGGUCUGCUGUGUCGUGAACCACUGUGCGUUCAGUAUGUCGCUCGUCCUGGUCCACUGUGCGCUGUUGAUCGUUGUGUACCUGUGUCCUGGUCCACUGUGCGCUCUGCACCGUUUCCAACCUUAUCCCACUGCACUGUUAAUAUUCUCAUCGUCACUGCGUUCGGGCACUGUUCACUGUAGAUAUCACUGUUACACCACCGUACAUCGCCCGCACAAUCUAACACCGUUAUCGUGUCACUGUAGCCAGGCUUUGUACACUCGCCUCGGGUGUAAAUGUAAUCAUGUGUAUAAUCAUGCGGUGUUGCUCAAAGGCCAGUGUAAUGGUGUUCCCGCCGGUGCACAUUCCAGCACAAAGGCCAGUGAGGCGGAGCUCAUAUGCAGGCAAUAAUGAGCGAGUAGGGAACUCGGAGCAGGGUGGUGGAUGGAGCUCAGGGGCUGGGCCAUCUGUCACGUGACAUGACCCGGGCUAGUGGAAACGAUAGAUUGAGCUCAGGGGAUGUAUGGAGGCCUGGGCCAUUUGUCAUGUGACUUGACCCCGGUGCCUGUGGAAACCCUAAAUAGAGUUCAGGGUCCUGUUUCACUGCAUCACACUAGCGGUAUCGUGGUAUUGGGUUUCCAUAGAAACAUUAACAAACUCCGACGCUCUAACGAUGAGAGCGUCCGAGUUUGUUGACGCUUCCAUGGAGACACAAUACUACGAUACCGUUAGCGUCAGGUAGCGUCGUGCGUUAAAACAGGGCCCAUUGCCCGGGGGGUGAUUGGAGGCCUGGGUCAUCCGUCACGUGACUUGACCGGGGCCGGUAGAAGUGCUCAGGGGGUCUGCACUCUGUCACGUGAUUAGGAAGCUCGCCAGGGCUGCGGCCGCUCAGCGGAGGGUAGAAGGCGUAGAAAAAUCGCCCCGUUCUCGUCCUGCGCGACGAUCUUUAUAUGGGCGACAUCGAAUGUACCGGCUCAGGUGACCACGCCAACCGGCUGCGACCGGUAAUAACCGGUAAUGACCGGCUGCGUCCGGUCUGUACCGGCCGUGUCCGCCCGUCCGUCCGCCGGCCUGCGGCGUAUAGUGACCUUACCUGGCUGUGAAGGGUCCUGCGUCUCGGACCCUAUAGGCCUGACUCCGCUCUCGGGAGACGGUAUCACGCCGUUACCGGCACUGGUGGAUGACCUGACCCAGUGUGAGGUCACGAAUCAUCAGUGCGCCGAUGAGCCCCACGUUGCCACGGUGUUGAUCUCAAUUCGGUGGACUUUGUCUUUCAACUGCCGGUAGGGGCGGUGGCGUAGCUGGUGGUGUCCCCUAUCGGCCAGGGAAGGAUAUUGAAGUACCGAGCUUCACCGAGAGAUGUGUAUAAUGCGCUAAUGUAUGAUUUCGGGGUUUUUCGAUUUCUGGGUCGUAAGUUUCGUUAUUCAAGUUUUGCUUUGGUAGAUGACUGUAAAAUACUCUCUUGGGAUGUUUGUGGCUGCUGGUAUUCUCGACUGCGUUUAGGUUUAAGCUGCUGACGGUAUCUUCAAAUUGUACUUCAUUCAUCAGUGUCGAAAUUUUAUGUCAAAAUACACGUUCCAAAUUA